UCCUCAAACUCUUCGCAACAUCAUGACGCGCCUUCCAGUGAGUUUUGCUUUUCUUCAGCGAAACAUUUUCGUUUUCCCCUCUGCUCAUCUGAUUCUUUCUCUCAUUAUUUCCCGCUUAUUUACGACUAGAUUCAUACUAUGGCAAAUCUCCAUGCUGCUGCUACUGGUUUGCGACAUGCAGCGGACCAAAUCGAUUUAUACGCAGACACUCCUGUUCUUACUUUGCAUAAUGCGGAAGUUCGUAUGCGUACUAUUGUGCAUGAAGCCUUGACGCCUAUGCAUGAUGCCAUAGUACAGAUGAACGCCAGAAUGGAACAGAUGAACGCCAGAAUGGAUCAGAUAAACGCCAGAAUGGAUCAGAUAUUCGAUGGAUUGAACGAUAUGGGUCUGCGCGUUGGGCAAAUCAACCAGACAACUACGAAUAUAGACAAAAGAUUAACAGCGUCAAACUGGAAUUUGUCUAUUCGAUCUCAGAACAGUAUUGUUGUUCGUGAUAAUAUGACAAUCCAUCCGUUAUACAGCAUGGUUACUGGUGAUAUCAUCGUCGGUUGCCCUACCACUACCGCCGAGAUUGACAGGAUGACUACUGUCCGAAUUGACGCAAUCCUUCGACAACUCGAUAUUAUUCCCACUGGGUCGCUGAAUAUGAAACGACGGCAGCUGAAGCAAGCUUUGGGAGUGGUGGUUCAUGUACUCUAAUCCUACUUAAAUAUCAAAUUAUCACGAUGUCUAUUGGUUGCCAGCGGAUCCGAUACCAGCUCGCCGUCAUAUAGCCGCUGCCGCUCGUCUCCAACAGGGGGCGCUACUU